GCCAUGUUAGGCGACGCAUGAGAACAGGAGACGGAGUAUUCAUAUCGCAUGUACGGCCUUGAACAUAUGCGAAGGACAGCUCUGUAGGACCGCUCUCUGGACAAGUAUAUUUGGCCCCGCUAGCCUCGCGGUUCCAGUGUCUGUAGGAGCUGCGCAGCUCGGCCCGUGUUCAAGAUUGUGACAAUUCGUCAUGCUGCAGCCCGGGCCAGCAUGCCACAACUCGAGUCUUCGACGCUCAUUGGACCCUACUCCUAUGGGCUCGUACCGGACGUCUCGGCCAACGAUUGCUCUCCUGGCCAACCAGAGAAGAAGAUGCGCGGCAUGAACGCGACGACGGACGGCUCCGACUCCCAGUGGGAGCUGGUGGAGGAGAUCGCCGAAGGCUUAGAAAUGUCUCGGCCCAUAAAUUAUGUGAACUUGGCUGUCUUCGUCGUCCUUCUUUUCGAAUAUUUCAUUACCAUCGAUUGCGAACCGGCAAUCUCAUUGGGCAAUUGCGAGGCGAUCAAUUUCAUGUUGCAGACGGUCACCGUGAUAAUCUACGCCAUCUGGGCUGCAUUUUCCGGUCUACGCAUCUAUGCAAUCAGCAACCACAAUCGGCUGGUCACUCUGGUGGUAGUGUUACUUGCCUUAGUUCCUGUCGGCACCAACAUUUAUCUCGAAACCCGGCUCGAAGAUGUGUACAUUCCGGUUAUUGGAUGCGUGGCAGAGCCAAACUUAUCCAUGGACCUAUUUCGCACGUUAUCCGUGACCACACGAGGGUGCUUGACGGCGUCAGAGGCCAUUGUGAUCGUCGUAACAUGGAUGAAUACGCGGGAUGAAGGGCGCUCUAGCCUUCGGACGAGCUCAAGCACGUCAUUCAUGGCGCUGGUGCUGAAAGAGGGUAUCGUAUACUUUGGCGUGCUGCUGUCCUUGAACGUAGUCCAGAUCAUCUUUGCGUUCUACGAAAGCAGCGCCUUCUCCCUGAUUAUUGCGUUUACGGACCCACUUACCGCCAUCCUCAUUUCGCGCUUCUACUUCGCGUUGGACAACCUGCAGGCGCAGGAAAUGAUGACGACGCUGCCCUCCGCGCGCCACACCACUCUCCGGUUCGCGGUGAGCGCACGCACCGACGACACGUAUUCGGGGGGCAGCUAUGACGAAGACGAUGACAUUUACGACACACCGACCAAGGACGGGCUUCCUCCGCCGGUGCCACCAAAGGAUGUAUACUAUUAGACUCCGCCAGGUGCGCUGGAAAUACUGAAUGUAUAGACUGU